GAUGCUCUUUGAUGUAUAUCAAUUCAAAAGAUUAUACCAAGAAAACAUAGGAAUUCUGUGGAAGAGGAGGAGUCCGCGUGCGUGGGUUUGUGGUGGACGCGCAGACGAGCGAGGCCCCUGUGGUGGAUGCCAGCGCGUUGCGCAGUGUGUUGGCGAUGCCUGGGCAGACGCUCGCGCUGGAGGACUUCGACGUUGUGCGACUUGACGAGGAGGGUGCGGGCGUUGUGUUGGUAUUGUCGCGCGGGGCCGCGGAUGUGAAGGGUGUGCACUGGAUUACCGGUGCGUCGGAGGUGGAUCUCCUGCAAUCGUACCCGUUGCCGCAUGACGUGUAUGAGAAUAUGAGCGCGGGGGUCAGCAUGUACUUAGUCAAUUUAUAUUCUUUUGUUUUUGAGCUGCGUUAGCUUAUUUCAGUGCUUAGCGAAUCAAAUCUUUUAGAUGUUUCGGUAUUUUUGGUGCAUGAAUAUAAGCUCAACCGCCCUAAAGUGGUGUGUUGCUUUA